AUGCUUCGGUGUUGCAUGGGUAGGCUCAUCUUACCUCGACCACUCGCACCAUCCUGGGGUAUUCGUCAUCACCGCGUGUUCCCUUUCACGCCAGUUUCAGCAAUAAGUUUCCGAUACAGCAGCUUUCCCAGUAGGCCCACCUCGAACUCCGAUGCCAGCGAUCGUGCAGGUAAUCAGGAUAUGAGCGGAGUCGAGUCACUAAGCACCAGUGGUGUCAAGCCUGGGGAUGGGGAAACCCCCAGCAAAGGAAAUGACACUUCGACACCGCGGGUAUUGAGCGAUGGAGGCAAAUCCAACGGGACAUCACCUUCAGCAGGGAGAGGUAGCAGCGGUGCGUCCGGCCGAAAGGAUUCCCGCCCGAAUCUUAAGAUCCCUUUACCCGGAGACAAGGGCAACAUUCCGAAAGGGUUUGAGUCUUUUUAUGCGAAGCCACUGCUGGCGAGGAUGCCACCACAACACAAGCCAAGCGAUUCUAUUGUGCGUGCCUAUGGCGUGUUGCCAGAGGAGCGCAUCAUCAUUAUGGAGAUCGCAACGCGGAUGCGUCUCUUGAAGUUGUUGCGCAACUUGAUGAUCAUCUCAGGGUUCGUGGUGGGUAUAACCCUAUAUCGCUGGUACAUGGAGGAGAGCAAUCAGAGCGCAGACAUCACGGACUACAAGAGCGUGGUCGUGGAUGUGCCACGGCAUACCGCAAGAUUUCUCAACGACCGGGGGCGAACGGUGGGUGUCCGCUACUUUAUUGAUUUUGCGGAGUUCGAAAAGACUUGCGAUCCGGAGAAGGACAUAUUGCUGGAGUUCUCAUCCUACUUCCCGUGGGUGCCGAUGUUGCUUUUGUGCCUCAUGCCCAUCUUGGCUGCUGUGAACGCGAAAUUUAAUGGCUCGGCCAAGAUGGCCACGAUGAUGGCGCAGGCCGAAAAGAAGCGAUUCAACUUUAAACGCGAGACGUCGGUGACUACGCGACUAAGCGAUGUAGCGGGGCUGACAGAGGCAAAACAUGAAGUGUUAGAGGUAGUUGACUUCCUCAAGCACCCUGAGCGAUAUCAGCAACUCGGGGCGAGACUACCCAAGGGCGUGCUGUUGGAUGGGCCCCCUGGGGUUGGCAAGACUCUUCUGGCCAAGGCUGUAGCUGGUGAGGCGAUGGUGCCGUUUGUGAGCUGUUCUGGAAGCGAAUUCGACGAGGUGUAUGUUGGUGUUGGUGCUCAACGCGUGCGCGAGCUGUUUCGGGAAGCGAACAAGUGCAAGCCGUGCGUCGUCUUUGUCGAUGAAAUCGACUCCUUUGGGCGAAAGCGGCACUCUGACAGCAGCGGAAAUACACGUGGUACGUUGAACGCUUUCCUUUCAGAGCUGGACGGCUUCAAAGAUUCCUCUGGUAUCAUAGUACUAGCGGCCACCAACCGUGCUGACAUCUUAGACAACGCCUUAACGCGUUCAGGUCGCUUUGAUCGCAAGGUAUCACUCGAGAAACCAUCACACAAGGACCGCGUGGCCAUUGCCCUUGUGCAUCUGCAGCCACUGUGUCUAGAGCCCAGCACCAAGCCUGAGGACUAUGCUGAGACAAUCGCGGCUCUGACGCCCGGCUGCAGCGGUGCGGACAUCGCCAAUAUUUGCAACGAGGCCGCCAUACACGCCGCACGCGGGGCGCAGGAGCACGUUACAACGAAGCACUUUCACGCUGCGAUGGAGCGGGUGUUGAUGGGACUCGAAAAGAGUGCGGUCAGAUACACACCAAACGAGAAGGAGCGCAUCGCCUACCAUGAGGCUGGUAUCGUGGUGCUGAACUGGUUCCAGGAGGGGACCGAUCCGGUUAUCAAAACGACCAUCCUGCCGCGCGGGCAGCACCGCACCGGUGUUACGCAGAUGCUUCCGAAGCGGGCUUACAUCUCGACCGAAGAGCAGUUGCUGCAGCGUAUUGUGGGGAUCUUGGGUGGCUACGUUGCCGAGGAGUUCUUCUUUCACGAUGUUUCCACCAGCGCCGCGAAUGAUUUACAAAAUGCAACCAAGCUGGCGCUUGAGAUGGUGUGCACCUAUGGCAUGGACCCUAAGAACAUUGGACACUUUGGGUAUGAGGUGGAGCGCCACGACGCAAUUCAAAAGCCGUUCGGCCAAGAGAAGGAGAAUGCUGUGGACGAAUCAGUGGAGCGCAUCGUGCAUAUGUGCUUGGGCCGUGCGCGUGCACUCUUACACGAGCAUCAUCACCACGUCCGCGUUAUUGGGGGGCUGCUCAUACGGCAGGAGACCCUCAACGCGCAUGACCUGUGGUUUGCAUUAGGGGCUCGACCGGCCAUGUCAGAGGAAUUUCAAGCUUAUCUGGAGAGUUAA